CGGAGCUUGGUGCUGAGUGGUUGACAAUUUCAGUGCCCUGAUUGGCUGAGGUGGGCCCUCCCAACACACUUUAAAGCUUCUACUCGCCUCCAGUGCUAAAAACGAAGCUUAUCCUUGGUCUGUGAGCACAUCUAGUGUCCUGCAUCUGACCGGCUUUCAUUUUCUGGUUCUUUUCCCAAAGACAAAAUCCUCAGCUGUAAACAUGGACCGCAUGGAAUUGAAGAAAGUGAGCACGGAGGCGGACGAUGAAAGCAGCGUGGACGAUAGCUUCACGCCCAUGGAUUCAGAGAAGGCCACCAUCAACAGCCAGUUGCUGGAUGAGGAUGAUGCGGAGAGUCAGAAGUUUCUGACUAAUGGCAUGAUGAAGAAGAAGAAAUAUGAGGAAUAUGAUGAAGAAUAUCACCCGGGUCACGCGUCGUUUGGGAUGUCCGUCUUUAACCUCAGUAAUGCCAUCAUGGGCAGUGGAAUUCUGGGACUGUCCUUCGCCAUGGCCAACACUGGCAUCAUACUGUUUGUCAUUCUCCUGCUUGGAGUCGCCAUCCUGUCGCUUUACUCCGUUCAUCUGUUACUAGUGACGGCCAAAGAAGGAGGCUCGCUGAUCUACGAGAGGCUCGGAGAAAGAGCGUUCGGAUGGCCAGGAAAAAUGGCAGCGUUUGGCUCAAUAACUCUGCAGAACAUAGGAGCCAUGUCCAGCUACCUGUUCAUAGUCAAAUACGAGCUGCCGGAGGUGAUUCGAGCUUUUCUCGGGCUGGAGGAGAACUCUGGUGAAUGGUACCUGAAUGGGAAUUACGUGGUGGUGUUGGUGUCCGUCGGCAUCAUUCUACCGCUGUCUCUGCUGAAAAACCUUGGGUAUCUCGGGUACACCAGCGGCUUCUCUCUCUCAUGUAUGGUGUUUUUUCUGGGAGUGCUGAUCUACAAGAAGACGAUCCUGCCCUGUCCUCUGCCGUUCUUCUACCAGCACGAGUCCAACAUGAGCAUGAACGGCUCGGACGCUCUGGGUCUGUACGUGCUGCAGAACGCCUCGGCGCUGGCAUACGUAUCAGAAGCCAACGGACCUCACCUGGAUGCUCACGCGCCGGCCCACGACUCGCUCCACAGCGCCGUUCAGUUCACGCCUCGCCCCGAGGACCACGAGGACAUGUGCACACCCAAAUACUUUGUGUUCAACUCACAGACUGCGUACACCAUUCCAAUCCUCGCCUUUGCAUUCGUGUGUCAUCCUGAAGUUCUGCCCAUCUACAGCGAACUGAAAGAUCGCUCUCGGAAGAAGAUGCAGAAUGUCUCAAACCUGUCCAUCUUGGCUAUGCUGGUGAUGUACCUGCUGUCCGCUCUGUUCGGUUAUCUGACAUUUUACGAUCAUGUCGAGGCAGAGCUGCUACACACCUUCACCAAAGUUUACAAGUUUGAUACGAUGCUCCUGCUGGUGCGUCUGGCUGUGCUGACGGCGGUAACUCUGACCGUUCCCAUAGUGCUCUUCCCUAUCCGUUCGUCAGUCAUCACUCUGUGUUUCGCUGGAAAAGAGUUCAGCUGGAUCCGACACAUCCUCAUCGCUGCUGCCAUAUUGGCCUUCAACAACUUCCUGGUGAUCUUUGUUCCCACCAUAAGAGACAUCUUUGGCUUCAUCGGUUCAUCCGCAGCCACCAUGCUCAUCUUCAUCCUACCGGCGGCAUUUUACCUGCGGCUGGUCAAGAGUUUACCGUUCAGAUCACCUCAGAAAAUAUCCGCAACCAUUUUCCUGGUGGUCGGCAUCUUCUUCAUGAUCAGCAGCUUGUCUCUCAUCGUCAUGGACUGGAUCCACAACCCGCCGGGCUCAAAAGGUGCUCAUUAAAGCAGCGCCGGUCCUCUGCUGAAGCCGUUUCAUCCCAGAGAUCAUCUCUCAACAUGGACGCUCAGUUCUCAUUGAACCCUGUGCCUCUACCUCUCUCUCCUCUCUCUCAUAAGCUCUCGUUUGUUGUUUUAACUUCUCCCGUGUGUUUUCCCAGCACUCGGAUCACCGCGUUCAUGAGUCACGCUCAUUGACGUGGAUGUGAAAGAUUGGAAGAGAGAGAGCUGGGCAGAAGGGUUCAUCAAAUAAGCACUUGAGGAUUUUUAUCAACACAGGCCAACAAUCACAUUUUCGUCACCUUUAGGUUCAUUAUCUGGUCCUAGAUAGUUAUUUUGUCGUUGUUAGUUCUCUCAAAGAUGACAUUUCAGUCAUUUUCUCAUCACGUAUGCUGAGGAAAAUCUUCGACGUACACAAUGAAGGCAACUAUACGAUGCUGAUUUCCAUUUCUGAGUGAACUCCUUGUUUUAUAUGAUCACUUGAAUCACAUUUCCUCUUUGAGAGGGGGAAAAAGGUCCAAUUAUCGCAUGUUUGUACCAAAAUGAAGUACGGUUGGUCCACAAAAUCUCAGCUUUUUCCUCUCAAACUGAUCCAUAAAUAUCGACUCGUUAGGAGGAUUUUGAGUGGGUCCAUUUUGGGUCAGUUCAUCGCAAGAUGUCUCCACAACUGCAUUCAGCUUUCAGAAGCAGUUCAGAUGAUAUUUGAGCCACACCAAACGGGCAGCAACAUCCGUUUCUGACUCAUGAAUUACCGUUCAGUCACACGCACAGGUCCCGACCUGAGCGUUCGCUCUAAAAGCCGGCUUCGUUUCAUGUUCACAAACGCGGUCCGUUCAAAUCAGCGUUAAUUGUGGAGAUCUGUGCCUUCUUCCUGUGCCGUAUCUGACUACACUGCCUUGCUGGAGAGAAACAUGGAGGUUUACGGAAGCGAGACGGUCACACCUGUCUCCGUGCUGAAACAGGUUUCUGCAUGCGCCGGUCCAGCCAAAGUGGACGAUAUUUAAAGAUCAUUUGGUGAUCUAUGUACUCGUAAAGCAAGUGAAUAUUUCAAAUGAAAUGGUUAUGAUAUUUUUGCAUGUUUUAAAUCACAAACAUGGUCUUUUUGGACGUUGUAUAUGGUUUGUAAAUAGUCUAAUUUGUUUUUGCUCACUGAUGGACGCCGGAAGGGACGGACACAUCAGAUGUUCACCGGUAGAGUUUUAGUAUUAUAUAUUAGAUGUCGGUGCCAUCAUGUUUUCUUUUUGUAAAUUUGUAGAAAAGCCAUUGUAUUUCUAUUGUGCCUCCUUGACGGUUUUUACGAUAAACUGACAAAUGGAGUUGCGUGUUUUUUUUUCCUUUUUGUAUGUUACUUGAUUAGUUAGCAGCUGAAAUGGUACAGAGAGACUCGCAGACGAACGUUUGGUUGCGUUUGACAUCUAGAUGAUGCUUGAAAACCAUCAGAUUAUGAGCAGUACUUGUCUUCCACCGUUUACCUCUGCAAACCACGUAUCGGAUGUGUUCAGAAGUGCGAUUUAUAUAUGUCUUAAAGUCGACAUGAAAACUGACCCUAUUUGCUUCCUUAACAAUAAGCAAUACAUUUAUUACAGUAUUUUUUGUUAACACUACCCCAUACAGCCAAAAAAUAUAUUUGUUGCAAACAAUGAGGUUAAAAGAAAUAUAUUUUUAAAAUUGAUAUUCAGUUUCACAUACCAAAAAUGUUUUUUUUAAAUGUAUUUCAAGGGUUUUCUUAGACUGAUCUCGGAAAAUAUAUGGAGGGCAAAUGAAAUGCUUUAAAAAUAUAUUUAUAUUUUUUUAAAAAAAUCCAAAAAUUGUAAAAUAUAUUGGUAUAAAAUGUAUUUACAUAAAUAUAUAUUUUAUAUUUCCGUAAAUAUAUUUUAAACAAAAUUUAGCAAAUAUAUUUUUUGGCCAUUUGGGUAGUCAAUAAAAAUAGUAUUCGUAGUAAUUCGUAGUAGUAUUAACAUACAACAUUUUAUAAUAACGUAUUAGUAAACUGUGAAAUUAACAUCUAAGAUUAGGUGUUAGAAGUAUUUUUAAAAGUAUUUUUCAUUGUUAGUUCAUGUUAAUUAUGCUAACAGAUACCUUAUCGUUAACACUUUAAUAUCCACGUUCCAAAGAAAAACAAAUGUCUGUUUACAGAAUUUUUCAUCCAAAUUGAAACACCACUUUCCUUUUUUCUCAUUUCUGACCAUCCACUCAAUUGUCUAUUUUCACAUGUGAUUCCAACAAGUAAAAUGGGUUGUGAAUGUGGUUUCAUGUCGACUUCAAGCGUGUUUACAUUCUCCGCAGCCUUGUGCCUGUCGCUUCCUUCAGGUAAAAUGUGCAGGAAUUGUAAUGUCUUUGAAUGUACGAACUGUAACAGUUUACAUGUAUUUUGGUAAUGUGAAGUGAACUCAGUAGAGGAUCAGUCGUGAGGUGAAUGAGGUGAAACCUCGUCCGCUCGCAACUUACGAAACCACAGCCAAUCGGCUGCGGCCUCCUGCUGCUUGACCAAUCACGAGCCGCGUAUCUGCCACGUGACUGGGGAAUUUUUGUAUCACUUAAGCUGUUUCCAUAUUAUGUAACAUGAAAAAUAAAGAAAUGUGAAGCGA